UUGAAGACGCUGCUGAAUUGACAUUGGCAAGAAGUCGAAAUCGCCUUUCUUCUCUGGUUGAUGCAUUCCUUGAUUCGAUCGAAAAGAAGCUGGCUUUGUUUUGCAGAAUGGGUAGUCAUGUAGGAAAACAAAAUCAAGUGUCUGAAAAGGUCAAAUCAGAAGAACCACCACCAAGUCAAACACCUGAACCCGAACUGGUUGAUGAUAAUGAAGUUUUUGGUACCGGUUCUCCCCCUACACAAGAAUUCAUGGAAGGACAUGUAGAGGCAGAUGUGAACCAGAACAAUGGGACCUCCUCUGAGAAGACAACGGUGACAGACUCCAAGGGUGUAGCAGAUACAGAGAAUGCCUGGAACGAGGCCAACACAGCUGACCACAGCGCAAGUCGCCCACACUUGGUCCGCCUCUUUUCCCGGGAUGCACCAGGCCGUGAGGACAACACCUUCAAAGAUCGCCCAUCGGAGUCAGAUGAGCUUCAGACCAUCCAAGAGGACAGUGGAGCAGCUUCCGAUAGCUCGGAUAUUACUGAAAUCGAGCCAGAAGAGUUCCCUCAGGGCCACUGAACACCACAAAUGGCAUCUACAAGCUCCACAGACCAAGCAAAACACGGAGGCAAACCCAGGGGACAAAGGGACGCUGGUCUACUGGACCAGCUGGGAAAAUUCUUUGGAGGUGAAAAAGAAGUAUCCAGGAAGGGAUCGAAAAAGGGGGUAUCUGCAAUGAGAUCCAGCCAGUUAGCAGCCUCACCACAGAAGACUCCUCAGCAAUCUGGUGCCCAUGCCAGACCAGGAGAUGACAACCCUGUAGUGAGCUUCUUUAAAACCAUUGUAUCCCCAAGGACUCCACCUCCACCAACAAAGGGGAGAGGAUUAUCCCUCGCGAGAUUAGGCUGGGGAACUGAUGGGCAAAAGCAGCCUGUGCAGGCAAGAUCACAAGAGACCACAAGAGCAGCUCACAAAGGGCACAAGGAUGCAAGGGGAGAUGGCCAAGGAACCCUUUCUAAAAUUUUUAAACUGGGAGGAAAAGACAGUCGAUCUGGUUCACCUUCUAAACGCUGAGGCUCCUUAAAAAAGAAAAAAGAAAAAGGUUUUGAAAAGAAAAUCUCUGCUUCAUAAUAUAACUCCUAUCCAUUUCUAAAACACAUUAAUGUAAAGUUGCCAUGUUUUCUACAUAGCAACGCAAUCUUUAACAUUUUGCUUGCUGAGAUUUAAAUGCAGUAGUGUUCAGCGAGAACUGUUGAAUUCAUAGAGUGACCUCAACCAAAAAGACACCUGUUUGUUUACAGAAGUAUGCUCCACCCAUUGGUUUUGACACAUUCUUCUGUGUUUUGUUUCUUCUUUCCUCAAAGCAGGAUUCACAUGAAACCUUGAUUUUCAUUUUCAGAAGUAUUCUGUUGUUAUUGCUUGACAGCUAAUUUUUCAUAAAUUCUUUUGGUAAAGUUAAUAAGAUCAUGUGUUUUUAUGUAAACUAUUUUAGGAAGAUAACAGGCCUGAUGAGUUGACCACUUGUCUAUCUCAUUAAAGGCUUCUGUUCCAGAGUGUAGAUCUCAGUAUCCCACUGUUACUUAACAGAUAUGUGGCUCUGAAGAGUGAAAACACGAGUCAUGAUUAAACUGUGACUGUUUAACUGUUGUUUUGUAAUUACAGUAUAUACUGUAAUAUGCUAAUACAUUAUAUAUGUUGAAUUACUUACUUUAGGUACUAAACUCUUAAUGGGUAUGGUGUUGGGUUUUUCCAGCCAUAUAAAAAAGAACGAAAGCUCUUCUGAAUUGCACUGUUUUAUCACUGAAGCUAAUUCCCUUUAACUCUUGUUGAUUGUCCUGUUUGGUUAUUUCAUCUGCUUCAAUGUAUGUGAGCACAUCAGAACAGCAAGCUGACACAGCAUUUUUUACAAAAAAAGUGUGUGGAGAUGAUUAUGUGUUUGUACAUAAUACUCUUGCAGGCCCAUAAAUAACUGCCUACAGAAAUGUACCUAAUUAUUACCCCUAGUGUAACCAAACCAUUGUAGGGACAUGAAACAUGCAGCAUGCAAUGGAUAUGGAAGACAAUUGUUGAAAAUCAGGAAAAGAAAAAGCCACUGUAUUGAAUUGCUGUCAUGUGAACUCGGCCACUUUAUCACAGAUACGUCCUCAAAGUUCUCUCUGCGUGUAAAACCAAGUUCUAAUAAUGUGUAACAGACUGGUGAACCCUCUUUGCAUGUAGUUUCUGUGAAUGAAUGUAAAUUAAAGCUUUAAAAUACUAUUGUGAAUGUCAAAAAAUAAAAUACUUGCCUUUUAACAAAAAAA